AUGGCGGGUGUCCGGGCUGCAGCACGCAAGCCCACCAAUUUGGCCAAGGUGUACUCGGUAGUACAAGGUAAGACAGAGAGCCCUGCCACCUUUUUAGAAAGAUUAGUGGAAGCCUUUAGGCAGUAUACCCCCAUGGACCCCGAGGCCCCCGAAAAUCAGGCCGCUGUUGUAAGGUCUUUUGUAAACCAGGCUGCCUAUGACAUCAAAAAGAAACUCCAAAAAUUAGAGGAUUUAGAAGGAAAACAGAUCCAGGACUUACUCCGCAUUGCUCAGUGGGCAUAUAAUAAUCGGGACGCUCCAGAAGAUAAACAGCUCAAAGCCACCAGGAAAAUGACUAAAGUCUUAGCUGCCAUAGUUCAGAAAAAUCAAGGGCCCACAGGAGAACAGAAAACUCGCCCCCCUAGGCACCCCCUAGACAAAGACCAAUGUGCCUACUGUAAAGAAAAAGGACGUUGGAUUCGUGACUGUCCCAAAAAGAAACAACUGCGCUCGGGAUCAGAGCCAUGGCAAACCAAAGGAAGACGGGGUUCGGACCCCCUCCCCGAGCCCAGGGUAAUCCUACAAGUUGAGGGGACCCCUGUGCAAUUCCUCGUGGACACAGGAGCUCAGCAUUCAGUACUCACUAGCCCUCAUGGAAAAAUCUCUGAUAAGUCCUCCUGGGUCCAGGGACCUACAGGAACUAAAAAAUAUCCUUGGACCACCCAAUGAACCGUGGAUCUAGGGACAGGAAGGGUAACCCAUUCCUUUUUGGUUAUCCCGGAUAGUCCCUGCCCCUUGCUGGGAAGAGAUCUCCUCACGAAAAUAGCUCAGAUUCACUUUCAGCCUGAAGGGCCUAAAGUGACUGACUCCCAGGACCAACCUAUCUCGGUCCUCACCAUACAGCUGGAAGAUGAAUAUCGGCUUCACCAAACUCCACCCUUCCCAGAACAGGAUAUUGACUACUGGCUCCACUGGUGUCCCGAAGCCUGGGCAGAAACCUGGGGAAUAGGGCUAGCGAAAUAUCGUCCUGCUCUAUUCAUAGAAGUUAAGCCAGGGGUCGACCCCGUGAGGGUCAAGCAGUACCCCAUGUCAGCAGAGGCCAGGCUGGGCAUCACCCCACACAUCCGCCGUCUCCGCGAUGUCGGUAUCCUUAGACCAUGCCAUUCGGCGUGGAAUACCCCUUUGUUGCCUGUGUGCAAGCCUAACAGUGGAGAUUACCGGCCAGUGCAAGACCUAAGAGAGGUCAACAAACAGGUUAUGGACAUUCACCCUACCGUGCCCGACCCUUAACUCAGUACCCUCAGCCCAGACAAACAAUGGUACACUGUCCUUGAUUUAAAAGAUGCCUUUUUCAGCCUGCCUUUGGCCCCCAAGAGCCAAGACAUCUUUGCAUUCGAAUGGGCGGAUCCAGAAAGAAGCAUAAAUGGACAACUCACCUGGACCCGACUUCCACAAGGAUUUAAAAAUUCCCCUACCCUAUUUGAUGAAGCCCUGCAUGAAGAUUUAAGUAAGUACCAGAAAUUAAACCCAAAUGUGUCUCUCCUACAAUAUGUAGAUGACCUCCUUAUUGCAGCUGAGACCCGAGAAGCCUGUCUCGUGGGGACGAAGAACCUCCUGCAGACGCUGGGGAACCUAGGGUACCGCGCAUCCGCUAAGAAGGCCCAAAUCUGAAAACCUGAGGUAAUAUAUCUGGGGUACCUACUAAAAGAAGGACAAAGAUGGCUCACUGAUGCCCGGAAAGAGACUGUCCUCCGCAUUCCGCGACCCACCACGCCUCUACAGGUGAGAGAAUUCCUGGGGUCUGCAGGAUUCUGCUGGUUAUGGAUCCCAGGUUUUGCUGAAAUGGCCAAACCCCUUUACGCAGUCUCUAAAAACCAACCAUCAUUUGAAUGGUCUGCGGAAGCUGAGCAGGCAUUCCAACAGAUAAAGAGAGCCCUCCUAUCGGCCCCAGCUCUAGGACUGCCCGAUAUCUCUAAGCCUUUCCACUUAUAUGUGGACGAACAUAAAGGCAUAGCCAAGGCAGUGCUAACCCAGCAUCUAGGUCCAUGGGCCAGACCAGUGGCCUAUCUCUCAAAAAAACUGGACCCUGUAGCCGCAGGAUGGCCCCCUUGUCUCCGGAUAAUAGCGGAUACAGCCCUAAUGGUUAAAGACGCCGAUAAGCUAUCCCUGGGCCAAGAGUUACAUGUCACCACACCCCACGCCAUCGAAGGAGUGCUCAAGCAGUCCCCCGAUAGGUGGAUUAGCAAUGCCCGGAUGGUCCACUAUCAGGGACUCCUGUUAAAUCCCUUGCGGAUCACAUACACCUCUCCUCGAACUCUAAACCCGGCCUUGCUGCUACCCGACCCUGACCUGGACUCCCUGCUCCAUGACUGUGCCAACAUCCUAGCGCAGAUCCAUGGAAUAAGGGAAGAUCUACAGGACCAGCCUUUACCUGAUGCUGAGGUCACCUGGUUCACGGACGGAAGCAGUUUCGUCCAUCAAGGACAGAGGUAUGCGGGGGCAGCAGUGACAUCCGAGACUGAAGUAAUAUGGGCAGAGGCUCUGCCCCCAGGAACUUCUGCCCAAAGGGCAGAACUGAUUGCCUUGACACAAGCAUUAAAAAUGGGGCGGGACCGCAAAGUGACUGUAUAUACAGACAGCCGGUAUGCCUUUGCCACAGCCCAUAUACAUGGGGCAAUAUACCAUGAGAGGGGACUACUCACUGCUGAAGGCAAAGAUACCAAAAAUAGAGAUGAAAUUCUGGCCCUAUUGGUCGCUAUUUGGGGCCCUAAGAAACUGGCCAUAGUACAUUGCCCGGGUCACCAAAAAAUAACUGAUACAAUCUCUUGAGGAAAUAAUCUAGCUGACCAAACUGCACGCCAGGUAGCGCAAAAACCCAUCCCAGUAUUACCUGCGCAGCUACCAGACCCAGGGCCCCGAGAUUUACCCCCACAGCCUGAAUACUCAGAAGAUGAUCUUAUCUGGAUGCGCAAGCUCCCAAUGACCCGAGUUACAGAUGGAUGGUGGAGGGACUCCAGAGAUGCCUUAUCCUUCCCGAAAAAUUGGGCCACGCAAUCCUGACAAAAAUACACCACUCUACCCACUUGGGGCCCCGAGGACUUCAAGAUCUCAUCAGACAAUCCAAACUGGUAUUAAGAAACAUCUCUGACCAGACAGAAAGGGUUGUGACAGCCUGUUCUGCAUGUCGACUCCAGAAUGCACACCCACACGCUACAGCCCAAGGCCACCGUGAAAGAGGAACCCUACCAGGAUCCCACUGGGAAGUGGACUUCACCAAGGUAAAGCCCAGCAAAUACGGCUAUAAAUACUUACUAGUGUUCAUAGACACCUUUUCAGGAUGGACUGAAGCCUUCCCAACCAAGAAGGAAACGGCACAGAUUGUAGCCAAAAAGAUCCUAGAAGAAAUCCUGCCCAGGUAUGGUUUUCCAGUAAUGAUAGGGUCAGACAAUGGACCUGCAUUCGUCUCUAAGGGCCCUACAGUGAGUUCAUGAGGCCGUGUUGGCCUAAACUAAGAGAACUGUAUGAGACGGGGCCCCCAUCCACACCUCAUCAGUACCGCCCGGGAGACUGGGUCCUGGUCAAGUGACACCGACAAGAAAACUUCGAACCCAGAUGGAAAAGACCUUACCAGAUCAUCCUGACAACUCCCACCGCCAUCAAGGUAGAUAACAUCCCUACCUGGAUUCACCACACCCAUGUUAAACCUGCCGACCCGCUGUCCAACCUCGUGGGACACACUGACAAAAAAACUGCUUGGACUGUAGACCAGAGUAAGAACAACCCCCUCAAACUAACCUUGCACUGUACUCUCCCUAAACAUGAUCAAGAUAAUGAUCAUUAUCCUGCUAGCCCUAAACUUCAACCCCCUAAAGGGGGGACUGAAUGCACCCGUUGAUAAACAGGCAUUGCUACAAGCCCUAUAUGGAAGGCCCUGUGAUUGCAAAGGUGGCAUAGUUACCACCAUUGCUCUGUCACAUAGUAAAAGGAUAGUAGCUGGCUCCGUAGGAUGAGGGGGUCUACAGCGGCCUUACACCCAAACCCAAGAUUGUGGGACCACAAUCGCUUACCUCACCCAGACUUAUGACAGCACAGGAUUCGAAAAGCAGCAAUGGUUAUGUGUUAACAAACCCGAGCCCUUACCCACCAUGACAGAAUGCCCUUGCAAAACUUUCCAGGAGUCGAUACACAGUUCUUGUUAUGACUCCUAUCAGCAAUGUAUAGGGCCAGAUAAUGCUACUACCUACUUUACGGCCAUCCUACAAAGUACCAGAGCAGCCAUAGCCAGUGAUGGCUGCCGUGGCUCAGUUGGAGCCACCAUCUGCUGGAACCCUCGAGCCCUAUACAUGUGUCAGACGGUGGAGGGCCCCAAGACGCUGUUAGACAAAUUGAAACGCAAAAGAAACUUAAAGACCUCACGAAACAUAUGUAUCCACAGCUUAACUACCACCCCCUAGUUCUCCCUAGGCACAGCCCUUACUAGUUAGACCCUCAGACAAUGUCUAUCCUAGAAACCACCUUCUCACUCUUAAACACCCCUAACCCAAUUUUAGCCCAAGAUUGCUGGCUGUGCCUACCCCAACAAGCUCCCCGACCCAUCGCCAUCCCCACCAUAGUUAAUAUUAGCAUAACCAAUGACUGCUUCCCCUCUUCCCUACCUGAACCCUUCCCCGUUCAGUUCAUUAGUCCGUUCAACGCAUCUUGCUUCAUAAGUAACCUUACCUCUCAGAACAACGGCAUAGAUGUAGGAAUCACGUCCCUUGCCCAAUGCCACCAGUACAUCACUAUCAGCUCCUCCCUAUGCAGUACUAACACCACUGUAUUCGUCUGUGGGAAUAACCUAGCCUAUACCUACCUCCCCCAUAAUUGGACUGGAAUAUGUGUCCUGGCCACUCUGUUACCAGAUAUUGACCUGGUUGCAGGGAAGACCCCCAUGCCCAUCCCUAGUCUGGACUUUGUAACUGGCAGAUCCAAGCGAGCUGUGGCUGUAAUCCCCCUCCUAGCGGGCCUAGGAAUUACAGGUGCAGUAACUACUGGGACAGCAGGGUUAGGAGUCUCUAUACACUCCUAUCUGCGACUCUCCCGUCAACUAAUUGAUGAUGUCCAAGCCUUGUCAAGGACAAUCCAAGAUCUGCAAGACCAGCUAGAUUCCCUAGCAGAAGUAGUGUUACAAAAUAGAAGGGGUUUAGACCUACUAACCGCAGAACAAGGUGGCAUCUGUUUAGCCCUACAAGAAAAAUGUUGUUUCUAUGCCAACAAAUCAGGAAUAGUUCGGACCAAAAU